AUGAUAUUAAGAGUUAAAUUGGCAGGCUACCUCACAACAAAGGAGUACGUGAAGCCUUGGGAGGUCAAUCCCAGGAAAGUCGAAGGUAAUCAAGUAAAGGUCAUCCAUGCAAUAUAUGGACAAUCGGAGGAUGAUCAAGAGUCAGAGGAGGUAUAUAGGUCCCAAUUAAGAGCAACCCAUAAGCUAAGGAGGUUAUCCUCGGUAAACGCUAUCACUUCGGGAAGCAUCAACAUUGGGUUCGGCGAUGGAGAUCUAUCUAGAGUUCAACUCCCCCACGAGGAUCCGUUGGUCAUCAGUCUCUUGGUGGCGAAUUGCAUGAUUAAGAGGGUUUUGGUAGACCUGGGUAGCAGUGCCAACAUCAUCAAAAAGGUGGUCUUUGAACAGCUAGAAAUUCCGUCAUCAUCAAUUCAGCCCACCUCUAGCCCAUUGAUGGGGUUUGAUGGUACAAAGGUGGACCCCCUUGGGGUAAUUGACCUAUCCGUAACUAUGGCAAAGAGGACACUGAAGGAGAACUUUGUCUUAACAGAGAUCCACCCUUCUUAUAAUCUCAUUAUGGGAAGAGGCUGGAUCCACCGAAUGAACGGGGUUCCAUCUACCCUUUAUCAAGAGAUACGAUGCUUGUCUCCGGCUGGUAAAGAGGUUAUUGACCUCAGGGGAGAUCAAGUAACUGCCAAAGAAUGCUACAUGUUGACAAAAAAUGAGGCAAAGAAGCAAUUACAGAAUCCUCUACCUAGGUAUUUGAGGGCAGAGGAUGUGGCCGAAGCUGAAAAGCCUACCGAGGAAUCUCUGGAGGCUGUCGAAGUGAUCCUUGGCGAUCCUCAGAAAGUCACCUACAUAGGUUCUUCCCCCACAGCCGAAGAAAAGAAAGCAUUAAUUGAUGUCAUUCGAUGA